AAUCUGGCAACCCGUCUCAUUCGUCGCGCGCCCUCAUGCCGGAGCUCUCCGCGCUGUCUCCGGCCGCGCGCGCGCUCCAACCGACUGCUUUGUUCUCGCGUCAAAAUGUAAAACAGAUGAACCCCAUAUAUCUGAGUAACGCCUUGGAUCACGCCCCUUGCUUCUGACACAUCACGAUGGAGACGGUGGUUAUUGUGGCCAUCGGAGUGUUGGCUAUCAUUUUCCUGGCAUCGUUUGUGGCGCUGGUAGUCGUGUGUCGCCAACGUUAUUGCCAUCGACCCAACCUCCUGCAUCACUUCGAGUCCAAACCCACAGUGGAUCUGAUUGGAGCGAUGGAGACUCAGAGCGAGCCGUCCGAGUUGGAGCUGGACGACGUGGUCAUCACCAACCCGCAUAUCGAAGCCAUCCUGGAGAACGAGGAGUGGAUCGAAGAUGCCUCCGGUCUAGUGUCUCAUUGUAUCUCCAUCCUGAAGAUAUGCCACACACUGACAGAGAAACUUGUUGCCAUGACGAUGGGCUCUGGAGCAAAGGUAAAAGCCCCUGCCAGCCUUAGUGACAUCAUCAGCGUGGCCAAACGCAUCAGCCCCAGGGUAGAUGAUGUGGUCCGGUCGAUGUAUCCUCCACUGGACCCGAUCCUCCUGGAUGCCAGGGCUACCGCAUUGUUGCUGUCUGUCAGUCACUUAGUGCUGGUGACACGGAACGCCUGCCACAUGUCUGGCAGCCUGGACUGGAUCGACCAAUCACUGCACGCAGCUGAGGAUCACAUGGUAGUGCUCAGAGAGGCAGCCUUGGCAUCAGAACCUGAGAGACGACUACCAGAAAGAGAGCAGUCCAUCUGAGUCAAAAAUACACACACACAAAGACCCUAACACUUACAGCAAGAAGGGGACUGUGAAAUACAAUCAACACACACAUACACACACAAUAGCCUUUCUUGCACAAACAUCUUAAUCUACUUUUUUUUUAUCUCCUUUUUAAAUCUGUUACGUUGCUUUCAGCGAUAGUUACAAUCACUUUUUCACUGAGUGUUAAAACAAUCAGGUGCACUUAACCUUUACUUCUCCACCUUUUUUUUAUAGCAUGUUAGUUUAAACCUCCUUAAAUGUUCCUGUACUGUAUUUUGAUCUGUUAUUCUUGUUGUGUUUAUUAUUAUAGCUGGGCGGCACAAUACGUGCACAAAACACAUCACAAUUCAUGUCCCUUAGUUUAAAUGUAUGUAUAUAGUGAACAGGAAACCUAUAGAUUUAAUAUGCAUGUUAUGUAGCUGUGUUGUGUAACAUGGGGUUGAGGUUAGAAAUAAAGCACUAAAGUAUAUCAUUAUGUAGUUAGACAGUGGAGCAGAGGGAGAAAAAAAAUUAUGGUAUAAUGCAGAAACACUACCAGUGCACACACUUCAUUUCUGUGGCCUGUAAUCCACCAUCACAUGAUAUUUAAUCUUAUUUAAUUCCCAAAUCUCAGCACAUUGCUUACACCGAGUUUAAACAUUAACAAAAAGUCUUAGCCUCUGCCAGCCUGACAUUGAGCACAUGCUUAUCAGAGAGUUGAUGUUAAAGUGGCCAUGCGUGGGUCUUAAGCUUUUUGUAUCCCAUUGUAUAGAAAGCAUGACACAAUGUCUUUUGUAACUGUUCUUCUUUUAAUUUUAUAAUGCAUAAUUUCUUGAAAAGCAGUAAACAUUUUUUUGAUAAAGCAUCCUGCAAUUGUCAAAUUCAGGUACAAUCAAAAGGUUCCUAGAAAGCACAGGUCUGUCUUUUGUAAAUCAACUGCAGGUAGUGCGCUACAGUAGCGGCAGCCACAGCGCAAACAUGCUGAUCGUUUGGAAAUCAUGAUCCAUACAGUACAGUACCAUCUGUUUGUUACAGAUGGUUGCAGUGUGUGGGUGUGUCUCUGUGCUUCUUCCUCAUUUGAAAUCUGUCAGUCGAUCUUAGCUUAAUCAACAAAAUGGACCAAAAAAAAAAAGUGAAAAAUCCUACACUGCUGAAAACAAACUCUAAACCCUUGCUGCAUGAUUUAUCUCUGAGUGUCUGAGACACGAGUGCAUUUCUCUAUAUUUGUUGAUGAUGUUGGACAUUGAGAGUUUCAGUCAAGCCUUUUGACAUGCUUACCUGUUUUCAAAUAAAAAUUAACAUUGACAGGGGUCUGUUGUAGAGUGGUACCUCGCCAUACGAAUUUAAUCAGUUUUGGAGGAUAAAAUUUGAAUUAAGAAAUCCCAUAGGAAAUAAUGGAAAUGCAGAUAAUCCGUUCCAGCCACCCAAAAAUAUUACCAAUAUGACUAAUUUUUAACACUAUACUAUAUACUAUAAACAUAUUUUGACAUAUAAAAACAUUCUAAGAUUAAUUUAAAAAAGACAUAGAUGAAGUAAAAUACGAAAUAAAUAAAUAAUAAACCCUCACUAAACCUUAAUUAAUGAUUCCUUCCGGAAACGGAAAGUGGCUCCCUUUUCUUCUUGCUACCACCCUUGCUAACAUUAUUGGGACCCAUGGUGCUACGUCUUCACUACCUUUUGCACAAAAUGCAAAAAAAACCCACAAAAAAAAAAACAAAUAAACCAAAAAAAAACAAGUAAACUUGCUUUCCACUAAUAAAAACAAAUUUUUUAACGGCUCCUGGACAUACACGCAACUUAGCCAGCGUUCACUUCAGCUCUGUUCGUUCGCUCAUAUGCCGAAAAUGCUUCGUAUGCUGACGCAUUUCAUUUCUUAAGGCAAAAAUACAUGAGGUGGGGCUUUCAUUUGUCGAGGUACCACUGUACUGUAUGUGUGAUGACAAGAAAUAAGAAUUCUCACUUUUCCUUGGCCUAAAAA